CAUCCAUAUUUACAACCUCCUCCCUCUCUCUCUCCCCGUUUCGAAGCCUAAACUCUCAGCUCCCUCUCUCUCGUCGAACGAGGAUCGUCGAGAAUUUGCAUGGAGUUUGGUGUUGAUGGCGAUGUUAAUGGUGAGGUGCUUGGGAACUCUGUUGAGUCUGAGGAUCAUAGGGUUGGUGAUGAAAAUGAAACUGGUGGAAGCUCUGUAGAAGGGGCAUUCCAACAGGAUCAGGAUGAUAAAAUGAAUGGAAUGGAUAUAGUUCCUGUUGCAGUUCCUUCAGUAUCAAUGGUCCUGGAGGAUGAACCAUAUGUGGGACAGGAGUUCGAAUCUGAAGCAGCUGCGCAUGCAUUCUAUAAUGCAUAUGCCACGCGUGUGGGAUUCGUCAUCCGUGUAAGCAAACUUUCCCGAUCGAGGCGUGACGGAUCUGCUAUUGGUCGGGCACUUGUUUGUAACAAGGAGGGUUAUAGAAUGCCUGACAAGCGUGAAAAAAUUGUGAGGCAAAGGGCGGAGACAAGGGUCGGUUGCAGGGCAAUGAUUUUGGUGAGGAAAGUAAGUUCUGGCAAAUGGGUUGUUACAAAGUUCGUAAAGGAGCACACUCAUCCAUUCACACCUGGAAAAAGUCGAAGGGAUUGCAUUUAUGAUCAAUAUCCGAUUGAAGCAAGGCCCCUGAGCUCAGCGUUAGUGAGUUUAAAUGGGAAUGAACACGACAAGAUUCGGGAACUAUCCCAGCAGCUAGCCAUAGAGAAAAAGAGAGCAGCAACCUAUAAAAGGCACCUGGAAACAAUAUUUGAGCACAUCGAGGAGCACAAUGAGAGCUUAUCAAAGAAGAUUCAACACAUAGUAGACAGUGUCAAGGAGAUGGAGACCGAAGGGCAGCAAAACCAAAGAUAGUUCAAGCAAUUAAGCUUUUUAUCUUUGCCUUGACGAAACAUAAAUCUAACUGCCCGAAUGGAAGUUGCAACUGGAUGGCGCUUGUUGUUUAACAGAAUUAUGUGCUUCCUUCCUUCCAGGUUUUAGGUAUCCUAUUUAGUUUCGUAGCCUAGCAUGUUUGGCUUAAUGGCACUCAUUGGAUAAAUCGUGUAAGUAUUUUCCUUUUUCUGGAGCAAAAUGUUGGUAGGAGAAAUUAGGUGAGUCGAUGUACAGUCCUGAAGUUGUGCGCUAACAAUACAAUGAUUCAUUGGGGGCAUCGAGGCGUAUUUAGAAAGUUGAUUCAUUCUAUUGUGUUUCAUGUGGGAUUUUAUGUCUUGUAUAGCAAUUCAAAUUUUCAUAUAUCUUAAUUUUAAUUUCA